UUUUACUUUCCAUUUUGAACAAAGAAAAAACUAUGUGCAUGUGUGUAAAUGUUUUAAGUUGUAAUUCUCCAAUAUCCAUAAUUUCUUGUCCUAACCAAAUCUUUCUCUAGAUUUCAUAUCCCAUCAUCCCCAUUUCCUUUCUGAUUUUCUCUUUCCUUUUCAUCUCUAAAAAGUUUCCAAAUUUUACAUAAUUUGCUUACUGGAUCUAAUCUAACCCUUAUCCUUUACUUGUAAUUAAUACCAUUUCCUAUCUGGGUUUGGUUUGUUCUUCUUCUAGUUCAAUCAUUGUAGUUUAAUUUCUUAUUUAUUACUCUAGAUUUGUUCAUUAAGUAAAAAGAAAAAAACUUAAAGCCCAUUUUUUUCUUUGUAUUUCUUGUCUAAAUUCUGGUAAUUUAGGUUUUUCUGUUUGUUUCUCUGUGUUUUCUGUUAGGGUUUUCAGAAUUCUGUUGAUGGGUGUUGAAAAAUGCAUACUUUAGGCAUGGUGGUGUGUUAUGAACUUGUAUUAUCUUGAAUUUUUCAUUAAAGUUCAUAUCUUUUUGUUGAACUAUAAUGGAUUACAGUAGAGACAAUGUUGUCCAUGUAAUACCUGGAACUGGUCCUGAGAAUUGGCUUCCAAAUUUUGCUGAUUCCAGUGCUGUUUGGGCCACAGAAGAUGACUAUCAAAUGUGGAACAAUUCUGAUGGGGCUAAUGACACAACCCCCUCGAAUUCCGGCUACCAGUCGCGUUCCGGGAGCGAACCGCCAAGUAAGAAAUCGAAAGGUAACUCUCAAGAAACUACUUCUAAGAAAACUAUAGGUAAAAUGUUCUUCAAGACCAAAUUGUGUUGCAAGUUUAGGGCAGGGACUUGUCCUUAUAUCACAAACUGUAACUUUGCACAUAGCAUAGAGGAGCUCCGUAGGCCGCCUCCGAACUGGCAGGAAAUUGUGGCUGCACAUGAGGGGGAUAAAGAGAGUGUGAUGGAGAUAAGAGAGGAGUUUCAAAUUCCAUCAAUUGGAGGCUUUUCAGGGGAGAGUCAGCGAUCUUAUAAAGGGAGGCAUUGCAAGAAAUUUUAUACAGAGGAGGGUUGUCCCUAUGGAGAUAAUUGCACGUUUUUGCACGAUGAGCAGUCGAAGAAUCGGGAGAGUGUGGCUAUAAGUUUGGGGCCAGGAGGGUAUGGAGGGGCUGCAGCAGGAGGAGGAGGUGGUGGUGGAGGAGGAAGUGGAAAUGGAGGUGGAGGUGGUGGUGUUGGGAGUGUGAGUUCAAGUGCUGGAAAUCUGAAGCCGUCGAAUUGGAAAACGAGGAUCUGUAAUAAGUGGGAACUCACUGGAUACUGCCCAUUUGGAAAUAAGUGUCAUUUUGCUCAUGGAGCUGCAGAGUUACAUCGAUAUGGUGGAGGGCUCAUGGAGUCGGACGCUAAAGAUUCUUCUUCUGUCCUUGCAGAUACAAAGCAAGGAGUGCCAUCAAAAACCGCAGCGGACGUUGUGGUUGCAUCAGCGACAUCAGUUCCCCAUUCCGAUGUAUAUCACCUUGGAGUUCCAUCACAAAGGCCGCCUUCAAUCCUUAUUCAGAGACCCGGGCUAAGAACUCAUCAAAAAUGGAAAGGUCCAGACAAAAUCAGUAGAAUAUACGGUGAUUGGAUCGACGACGUUGAAUGAAAAGACGGCAGAAUUAGUUUCCAUUGAUCAAGGAAACAAGUAUCAACUUAUAAGCGUCGAGGGGAUCAUUCAAGAAGAUUAUAUAUGCUGUUGGGUUGCUGAGUCGGCGGCUUCAAGUUUGGAAAGGCGGUAGGAGUCUGGGCGACGUGAUCUUGUGGAUGUGAAGUUGUAGAGUUGUAGUGUCCAGUGUGUUGCAGUACAUUUUGUAAUGUUGAUCUUUGUAAUGGAUGGCAGUGAGGAUGUCUCAUCCAAAGAGAAACUGUUAUCAUUGUAGUUGUAUCACUUUAAUGAAUUUUCAUUAAUUUAGAUCUCCUAUGUUCCACAAAAAUCCAGCACUCUGUUGUGCAUUUGAGACAAGGUAUAUUUAUUGAA